UCGACAAGUUGUUCAACUCUGACACCAAUGCUUUGAUCAAGCCAGUGGAGAUGUUUGAAGAAAAUGUCUCUAGUUAUUCACCUAGCAUAUACAACUCUAAUCAAAGCAAAUCUACCGAUUAUUAUCCCUCUCAGGCUAACGAUUUUGAUAACGAAGAGUAUUAUUCUGGAGAGAAAGAAGUUUCCAGUCUUGAGCUUGAUUCAGAUUAUCAAGAUUAUCCUUCCUCUGUCUCUAAACGAGUUCCAAAAUUCUCUUUAAUCGACAAUCCAACAAUUUCACCUUCAAAUCCAUUUUUAGAAAGCUAUCAGUUUGUAACUAGGGAUUCAUCAAGCGGUGAAGACUUAAAGUCUUCUUUAUCUAGCUACGCUAAAAAAUAUGAUUCAAUUGAACAUGUCUCUUUAUUUCCCUCAGUUGAGUAUAAUACAAAAUAUAACCCCAUUUCUAUUCCAAUAUUACCAUCUUCUGACUUGAAAUCAAAGUAUGGUCCCUUAACUACUGAAAAUCCAUCUUCCGAUACUAUUUAUGAUGAGUUUAUUUAUACUACCACUGCUGAGUUCGAAAUACCAAAUCCUUCAGUUUUGUCUGGCGCCUUAUCUGUUCCUUCCACAAGCAAAUUAUACACCGGGCUUGAAACUAUUUCACACAGUUCUGAAGAUAUAGUAAAUUCAAACCAAGAAGUAGAACUUAAAAAGGAAUUUUCCCUAAACUCAGUUCCUUUGUACACAUCAUUUGUGGAAAGUUACUAUCCUGCAGAUAAUGUUGGACAAAUCUCUACAAAUCUUCCAGAAUCACAGACACAAAAUAACAACGCUUCAAGCCAUCCAGCAAAGAUUACAGAAUCAGAGGUUACAAACAGUGUUGAAGUACCACACUACAAUUUGUUUAACAAGCCUAUUGUUCUAGACUAUUCAGGUGUCACAUAUGAAAUUGACUUUCCUGAGUCAGCUGACACGUUAUUAGCUGAUCCAACAGCUGAUGCUUCAUCAGCUGAUGAAAAUGACGGAACUCCCAAACUACCGAUCCUAAGGGCACAAGCUAUUAAUGCAAAUGAUAUCCAAGACGAUAUGAGUAUAGAAGGAUCCAAUAGUGAGAAAGUUAAAAGGAUAGCUGAACUUAAAGAAACAGAUGAUAAUGUAUCAGAGGAGAAGGGGAGUAAAGAAGAAGGCGCGGAAGGUGGAAAUCACUCUCCAAAAGGAAUUCAUAUGCCGGAUUUUAUAAACUCUCUACCAAGCAGCUUCAGAGCAGCACGGAUGACUGGUCCUAUAGCUAUCAAUGAAGCCACAGGAACUCUGGUUAAAAACUCUCAUCUGGAAAUGUUCCACAGUGAUUAUAAGCUAAGCCAAGGAUUUGAGGAUGCUUAUAUUCGAAAUGAUAGACAGGCAGUGUUUGACAACAGUCUUAGUGAUGUAGACAACUCAUUCAUCAUGGAGGGUAACAGCGUCCAACCUGGACUUAUGUUCACGAGCGAUCCAGGAUUCAAUCCCUCGAGACCAGUAGGCCGUCCAUCCAAUCCAUCCAAUCCCAACAAUCUAUCCAAUAUAUUCGUACAACCAUCAACAACCCAAUCCCCUUCUGUAUUCAAUCCAGUCCAAUCCCCUCCUAUAUCUAAUCCUAUUUCAAUCCAAUUUCAAUCUAAUCCUAUUCAAUCCCCUCCUGUUUUUAAUCCCUCUAAUCCAUCUGGUCCUUUUCCAUUUGCAGUUUCUAGUACAGGCAAUGUCCGUGUACCCCCCCGACCACCGCAACUGCCACUUCAACCUUCUCUACCAGUGAGUGGUGGUCAACUAAACCUCCAGAAUCCACAAUCAAUUGGAAAUCCGCCACUUAACUCUCAGCAAAAUACGCAAACUUCUGCGGGUAGGUUACCCCCUCCUAGACCCUCUGGUCCCCCACCUCAACCUCAACCACAACAACAACAACCAUUUCAACAACAGCAGUUUCAACGUCCCUCUCUUAUCUCUAACGUAUUUGGAAUUUUUGGUUAAAAAUAUUGCAAAAAAACAAUCAUGACUCCGUCACUAUAAUUCGAAUAAUUCUAACCUUGCAUCUCAUUUCCGGAAGUUUGACUGUUAUUAUUUAUGCUAAAUUGCAAAUUAAACCAGUCAUGCAGAAAUAGUCAUUAGCAUAGUUAAUUUCGUUUUUUAUAAUUUACUAAUUUCCAGAUGGCUGGUUCCUUCAAUUGAUUCUUGAACGUCCAUAUUUUUUAUACAUUUUAAGGAUGGAUAAUUUUGUAUGUUUAUUUCCAAUUAUACUGAAGUAUAAAUUUGUUUUUCUUGAGAAAAAUACAAAUUGGCGUUGGAAAAGAAAU